AGGGCUUGCCCUGCCCGGGUUGCCCCGGCCUCCCUCCCCCAUUCCUCCUUAAGUCUCAGAAGCCCUUGCCGUGUCUCCCGGCGGGAGACCCCCGUGGGGGCAGGUUUGCUAUCCUACUGUUUUUCUGCUAGCUGACUAAGGGAGAUUUAUGUCUUCACCCACGAGUCCGGUUCCCCCGCACAGCACAAGCGCCUGGAGGCCUGGUGCGGGCCAGCAGGCCCCGGAGCUCCGCCCGUUCCGGGGCCGGCCCUCGGGGGCCCCCGCUCCCGGCUCCGGCCAUGCAGAGGCCCUUAGCGCCCGGCUCUCUGUGCCUGGUGCCGGCCCAGGCCUCGGGGCAGGCGCCGCCCCGCUACCUGUGCUACAGCGAGGGCCCCGACGGGCCGGGGCCGGACGCGGACCUCGCCGGGACUUCCACUUUCAACCUCUAUGUGACCGAUGCCCUGGAGCUCUGGAACACCGGCUUCACCCCGGAGAGCCUGGAGAAACACAAAGCCCAGCAUGAUCUGGAUGGGGCCGAGGACUAUUCAGCCUGGUUCCGGGUUGCCCGGGACCAGCACGCACUGUCUUUGACCCUGAAGGAUGACGGCAGCGCUUCCCUGACUCUCUCCAGGGAAGAGAAAACCCUGACUUUUGACCUUGCUAAGGUGCCCCGCUCCGAAGCAGCUCCCCGGCUCCAGGCAUUGAUGCUGGGGCUGGCAGAGCAAGUGUGCGGGUUGGAGAGGCAGCUGGCAGCUCUGAAGGAUGAGAUGCCUAGCCCCAAAAAGAAGCCCCAGACAGGAAGACAGCAGGUGUUUUGGCCAGCUCCAGAUUUUCGAAGAGGUGCCCAGGGCCCUGCAACCAGGAAAUGGAUGCCAGGAGAGUCACUCAUUAAUCCUGGCUUCAAGAGUAAGAAGCCAGCCAGUGGAGUGCACUUUGAUGACACCUGAGACAUGGUAACUCCUGCAUGAGCUUUCUGCCUCUUGGGGCCCGGGACCUCCAGUCCAGGCUCCAGGGAAGCCAGUGGACCUCAGAGGCCAGCAUGAAGGAGAAGGGGGAAGGGCCAAGCUGGCUCUGUCCAGAGAAACAAGUGAUUCAUCAAGUCUGUGACAGCUGUUCCCAGAUCAGCCGCUCUUCUCGAGCAAAGCAAAAUAAAUCCACAGAUAUUUAUUGUCUAA